CAUGACUUGUUGGUCGACACCUAUGGGUUGAGGGCAACUAGAGGAAUGACCACGAUGGAGGCUUUAGGAAUGUUCCUUUGGGUAAUUGGUGCACCACAAUCCCUUAGACAGGUUGAGGACCGGUUUGUAAGGUCCUUAGAAACAAUAAGCCGUACAUUCGAUAAUGUUUUGUCAAGUGUUCUUAAGCUAGCAGUGGAUAUUAUUAAGCCCAAGGACCCAGAAUUUAAGACCGUGCACCCAAGGUUGAGAAACCCUCGCUUUGCACCAUACUUCAACAAUUGUAUAGGAGCUAUAGAUGGGAUGCAUAUACCGGUCGUGGUGCCAAAUGAUAAGGUGGUUCAGCACACCGGGAGACAUGGAUAUACUUCACAGAAUGUGCUGGCUAUAUGUGAUUUCGACAUGAGGUUCACAUUUGCUGUGAUUGGAUGGCCUGGAUCGGUUCAUGACAUGAGAGUCUUCAGUGAUGCCUUAAACAAAUAUGGUGACAAGUUUCCGCAUCCUCCUGCAGGCAAAUUUUACCUAGUUGACUCGGGUUAUGCAAAUCGUCCGGGUUACCUUGCACCCUACAAGGGUACAAAAUAUCAUCUACCAGAGUUUAGGAGUGGCCCAAUGACAAAAGGUAUGAAAGAGACUUUUAAUUACGCCCAUUCGUCCCUUAGAAAUGUUAUCGAAAGGUCAUUUGGAGUGUUAAAGAUGAAGUGGAGGAUUUUGUUGGGUAUACCAAGUUUUCCGAUGCACAAACAAAGUAAAAUCAUAGUAGCAUGUAUGGCAAUUCAUAAUUUCAUACGAGAGAAUGAUAUGGCCGAUAGGGCCUUUGAUAUGUGCGAUCGGGAUGAAAAUUUUAUUCCUAUGCCUCAAGUGCCAAACGACGAAGGAGAUGGGACAAAUACACAAGCAGGGGAUAAAGAUUGUAAUAUGAAUGCAUUUCGGGAUGAAUUAGCUAAUGCUUUGUACAACAAAUCGUAGAUUAUUUGUAUGAUUGUAUUGUAAUGAUGUUGACAACAUUU